CUUUUAGUGACUGGUGCCAGUUUCUUUGUGUUCAGUGGUGCUCUGAAAUCAUCUUCAGGAUACCUUGCCAAGUCCAGUAUUGUGGAAGAUGGCGUUAUGGUCCAGAUCACUGCAGAGAACAUGGAUUCCUUGAGGCAGGCGCUUCGAGAAAUGAAGGACUUCACCAUCACCUGUGGGAAGGCAGAUACAGAGGAUCCCCAGGAGCAUAUCCACAUUCAGUGGGUGGAUGACGACAAGAAUGUUAACAAGGGGUAAAUGCAUCCAACUUCCUCCCUGUGGCACUUAGUUAGGAGAUAGGC